AAUCACAUUGCCAAAGCAUGCAAAAACCAAGGCAAAGUCAUAGUUUCUAUCCUUUUUGUUCUCCAUUACUCUAAGAACCAAAGGGAAACAGGUCUUCAAGGAGGAGGCAUGAAUGGGACAGCCAUUGAAAAUUUUGUCUGUGUCAUUUUUAAUGUUUCCUUCAUGAACUGUACCUGGCAUGUGGGCAGGACUGCUACAGAGGAUACCCAAUAUUUCCUGUACUGGAGGCCCUCAGAGUAAGAAUGAAGAUGUCACAGAAUGCCAAAAUUACGUCAAAGAUAACUGUGGAAGGCACACAGGAUGUCGAUUUCAAAACGUGACAAUAGAAAAUAAAUAUGCUUAUUUCCUGGUAAAUGUGUCCAGAAGCGGACAAAACAUUCAGUCAUAUGAGAAGAAGAUAUGGCUGUACCAAAUUGAAAAACUCACCCCUCCAUUAAAUGUCACAGUGAACUGUACAGAAGCUUCUCAUAGUUGCAAUAUUUGGUGGCAACCACCUCGCACAAGUCAUGUGAAAAAAAGUAGUUGUUUCAAAUAUGAAAUUGCCAUAGAAAACAAGGCUGAUGUUGAGAAAAAAAUCAAAACUGCAUCUAAAAGAGAAGAAAUCGUUGAAAAUAAUUCCUACCUCUAUGAAAGCUUCAGCUCAGGUAAAAAGUACAGCAUCAGAAUCAGAGCAACAGACGCGGGCUUUUGUUUAGUAAGCCCAGACUGGGGAGAGUGGAGUACGCCUGUGGAGUUUGGCAUGAAUGGAUCAGCCAUUGAAAACUUCUCCUGUGUGAUUUAUAACAUUUUCCUCAUGAACUGCACUUGGCAGGCAGGAAGGGAAGCUCCAGCAGACACACAGUAUUUUCUCUACUGGCAGAAGUCAAGAGAUGAAGAGGAGAUGGAGUGCGAGCUUUACAUCAAAGAUGAAAAUUGCAGAAAUGUGGGAUGUAUCUUCCAAAACGUGAGCAUAGGGACUGAAAAAGCUUAUUUCCUGGUGAAUGGGUCUAGCAAAGACUCCCUGAUCCAGUUCUAUGAUGAGUACAUUGACCUGUAUAAAAUUGAAAAACUCAUGCCUCCAUCAAAUAUCACAGUCAACUGUGAUGAAAUUAAAAAUGAUUGCAUAAUUCAAUGGCAACGACCCCAAAUAAGUCAUUCUGACAAAGACUUGUGUUUUAAAUAUGAAAUUAGCAUAAAGUAUAAGGAUAAUCCUGAAGGAAAACCCAUCUAUACUUCCAUACAAGAAGGGGGAAAUAGCAACAUAUUUCUAAGAUCCAAUACAAGAAAGAAGUAUGUCUUGAAAAUGAGAGCAGCUGGAAGUGUCUGCUUAGUGAACCCAGCCUGGGGGGAAUGGAGUGCACCCGUUGAGUUUGGAAAUUAUGAAAUUAUAUCUCCUUCAGGAUGGAUUUUACUUGGGGUAGCAGUUACAACACCCUUAAUGGCAAUCAUCACUUUUUCUUUUUGCAAAAGGACUGGCUGUUGGAAGGCGGCAUUUUCACAAAUCCCAGGACCAAAACUUGCUUUUUUUACACUGGCUGAUACAAAUCCAGAGCUGAUGGAGAACAAAAUUCAGUCACUAACAUCUGAAAAUGAAGAGAUAGUAUUAGUUGCUGACAUCGUGAGAUAACCAAGAAAAAGGGAGGAGUUUGGAAAUGCAUUUCUUGCGCAAUUGUAUAUUCCUGUGGAAAGUCUGGAAUAAUAUAUAGGCUUUCUUCACUUUCUUUUUCUUGUAGAAACAUCAGUGCAGCCAAGAGAGAAUGAUACCUCACAUGCAAUCUUUUUAAAUGCCACUGUAUUUUCUUUUAGUUUUGGCUAAUUUUAACUGUUUGGAUAAAUUGUCCUUAUUGGAUAUCUUCUCAUUUGUAAAUAUGAUUGAAAUAUUUCAUUCAGGAAGUUUUAGUUACAUUUCAACCUUAAGGAAAAAUAAUUGUCUUUCUGUCCCAUAUUAAAAAGAUUAACAAUUAAUUUAUUGAAAUUAAUACAAUUUUUAAAUUUAUGAUGAAAUCAAUUUUUAAAAUUUCUGAUGCCUGAAUUCCAUUGUUCUACUGUCAAAAAUGGGUCAAUUCAUACUAGAAGUUUCUUUGGAGCUGUUCAAGUACACAUGGGCAACGAGAAAAAUAAGAUUCACUCAGAUUUUACACUAGACAUUUCAACAUUUCUAUUUGAUUAUUAGACUAAUUUUAUAAUGACACUAGAUGUUUUAUUAUUAGACUAAACAUUCCUGGGACUAUUUUCUUGCACAGGGGCCAAAUCAAAUGGAAGAGUCCAGACAUGCUUUCUUAAACCCCUGAAUAAGGUGGACACAUGCAAACCACCUUUAGAAAUUAGCACUGGCCUGAGCUAACCUCUGGACUAUGUCCAGGAGCUGUUCAGGACAUUACUUGUAAAUCCUGGCUAAACUAAUGCUGGGAACAGUUGUUCCUGGACAUGUUCCAGUGGUGUUCUUUCUCCAGCUUAUACUGUAGCUGAACACAAACAGCUCUCGGCACACUUAGUGCCUUUGACGCAGUUAAUGAUUACCUUUUGGUCAAAGACUCACCUGGGAAGCUUUUUGCUGCUAGCCAGAACAAAGAAAUCAAAUUUAUAACUUGUAAACCAUCUUUGUAUUUUUCCCAGUAUACAGCAGUGGUCAGAGUGGAAAUACUCACAAUAACUUGCUAAAAGAGAGAUGGUUUGUAACAGACUGCACUGGUUUAUAUAACCUUGUGCAGUAACUCUUCUCUUGGGAAAAAAUGCCAGAGUGAGGCAUAGUUUGGCUCCAGUCCCCAAAACCUAGCCAUGAGCUAUGAGCAACCAUUCAGUGGCUUAAUGUGAGGAAGAUAUUAGUAAAGUAUAAUACAGUAUAAAGACACUCAAGAGAUGGCAUUGGGGUCUUGUUAAAUAGAACUUAAACAAGCUCCUCACUUGUUUCUUGCUUUCUCCUGAAAAAGGAUAACAUACUUAACAGAAUCAGGAAAGGUGUUACAGACAGAAACCUGAUAAAUUAGUCCAGGUUACAGUUCAAAAUUAUUGAAUCACAGAAUGAUUAAGGCUGAAAAAUACGUCAAAAAUCGUUGAGUCCAAUCCUUGACCUAACACCACCACCUUUUCAAGUAAACCAUGUAACUAUGUGCCACAUCCAGUCACUUCUUGAACACUGCCAGAGAUAUGGCUUACAAAUGGAUCUGCUAAAACUAAUUCAGCCACUGUUUGGGCAGCCUGAAGGUACUGGUCAGGUGCCACCUUCAUGUCACCUUGAACCUCACCAGACAUGCCAUCACAACAGCCUGCAAAUUAAUCCCCUCAUCAAAAUUAAUCAAGCACACUGACACACAGUUUGCAUCACAAAUAUGCGUGGCAUGGAAGCAUAAUGCUUUAAAAAAGCUACUCAAGGUGGCAGUGGUGCCCAAAAAGAGCAUAUUUGAUGAACAGAGAGUUUCAGAUCACACUGAACUGGGACUACACAUGUACUGGAUAUAUUUCUUUUAGGUUACAUAGAAUAGUAAAUGAAGUCCUUUAGUGGGUAGAUUUGAAACACACAUGUCCUGUUCCCAAGGUACUGGAAAGCUGACCAGGACUGAACAGUCCCAGUAUGUGGUUCUAGAGACAAAAUUCUGCAGCUGAGCCCUGCCUCACACAUACUGUGACUAAACUGUUGCUCAUUUCACUUACCUAGGUUUUUUCACCCAAGGAUUUGAAAUGGAAAAUAAUAUUAACAUGUCCUUCCAGUGGGAAUCACUGGGUAAAGGUGGGAAAGACUGAGCAGUGUGGACUGAAAAGCAAAGAUAUUUAAAAUUUUAAGUCUGUGAAGUAGUUUGCAAUUGGUGGAUCUGAGCACAUACACUAG